AUGCCCCGAGUCACGGGGCCGCGGCUACAUAACACAAGGUGGCAGAAUAGAGACUUGAACUCAAGUCCGAGAGGUUUCAAAAUUCGCUCUUCCCCCUUCUUCAAGCACUGCGUCCCACUAUCUCUGUCUCCAGGUUCUUCAUUCUGCCUGACACCAGGACACCUGUCGGGAUACCCGAGCCAUCCUUUACCCCAGCCACUCCCACACACCUGGCCCACCGCAGCCCCGCAUUCUGGCGCGACCCCCGUUCUUUUCGGCGCCGCGCCCCAGUUUCCGCAUUUCCCACAGGCCAGCCGUCCGUCCUCCAUCGCCCCACCACCCACCACCCCUACCUCCUCUCCUCUCACGCGCCCGUUACUUCACCCACCUUCCCACGCCCGUUCCGGGCCCUCCCAUCCUUGGCGUCCAAUCCCAAUUCCCAGGCAACACGCCCCCGCCCCGGAUCCACCCGGAGCCGGCGCAGCCCACGCCUGGCCCUGGCCUUCUCGCCUUUGCCGCCAGCCCCCGCCGCUCGGUCUGGACCCCGGAGGACGGCCUCGACCAGCGCAGCACUCACCGCCCAGGAGCCCAACCGAGCAGCCCCACGGACCGGGGCGGGGCGGGAGACGCGCGGGCCUCUCGCUUCAGGCGCCGGGCGGCGCGGGAGCCAUUUUGUUGUGUUGUGCCGGUUGCCGAGUGGCCGCGCGCGCGGGGGUGGGCGGGGACUCCUUGGCCACGCCCCCGGGGGCCGUUGGGAGGAGUUUCCCCGUCGUCGUCUUUGCCGCCUCAGCUGCCCGCGCGCGCGGGGCCGCCAGGGUGCGAGGCUCCGCGCCGCACAAGCCCGGCGGGCUGUGGCGCCUCAGCGUUCGGGUCGCGACGCCCUGGGUCAGAGAACAGCCCGAGUGCUACCGGCCGGCCUUGACUUCCUGUGCCUUGCUGCACGCUUCUCCCGGCUGGGCUAUUUCUGAGGCGAAUUCUAUUCUUGAGGGACCGAACCGUCCGGACGCAACUGCAUGUCGGAGCAGAGGCAGGUAUGUUGUCACAGCACCUAAAGUAUUCUAUGUUGGAGCCUCUGAAAAUGUAGUAAUUCAAGUUUAUGGAUACACAGAACCAUUUGCUGUGACUGCUGCUAUUAAAAGUUAUCCAGAUGAAAGUUUUGUAUAUUCUUCUGGCCAAGUUACUUUAUCCCCAGAAAAUAAAUUCCAAAAUUCUGCAAACUUAACUAUACAACCAAAAGAUUUAUCUGAAGCUGCAGUUUCACAUGUGUAUUUAGAAGUUGUAUCUGUCCAUUUUUCUAAAGCAACAAAAAUUCCACUACGCUAUGACAAUGGAUAUCUUUUCAUUCAGACAGACAGAUCUGUUUAUAACUUGGAUGAUUCAGUGAAAGUUAGAGUUUAUUCAUUGGAUGAAGACCUAAAGCCAUCCCAAAGAGAAGUUAUCUUAACUUUUAUAGAUCCAGAGGGCUCAGAAGUUGCCAUGGUAGAAAAAAGUUACACUGGAAUUAUCACUUUUCCUGACUUCAAGAUUCCUUCUAAUCCUAAAUAUGGUUUGUGGACUAUUAAAGCAAAAUACAAAGAGGACUUCACAACAACUAGAACUGCGUAUUUUGACGUUAACAGCCGUGAUUUGUAUUUGAAGAAACCACAAUUGUAUAUUUUAGUGGAACUGGAAAAUUACUUCAUUAGCCAUAAAAACUUUGAAGACUUCAAAAUUACUAUCAAAGCUAGAUAUUCUUACUAUAAGAACGUAACUGAGGCAGAAGUGUCUGUCUUUUUUGGAAUCAGGGAUGAUUUAUAUGAUAGUAGAAAAGAAAUGAUGGAUAAAGCAACACAAAGGAUCCAGCUGAUCAAUGGAGUCGCACAAGUCAAUUUCAAUACUUCAAAAGCAAUUAAAAACCUGCCAUAUGAAGGUCUAGAAGAUUUAAAUAACAAGUACCUUAAUGUUUUUGUAGAAGUAGAAGAAAGUACAGGUGAAUUCUUCAAAGAAGCCAAAGAAACUGAUGUGAAAUAUGUUCUCUUUCCCUACACACUGAAUUUGGUGGCUACUCCACUUUUCCUGAAGCCUGGGAUUCCAUAUUCCAUCAAGGUGCAGGUGAAGGAUGCCUUUGCCCAUUUUGUAGGAGGGAUUACAGUAAUCUUGAAAGCAAAAGUUGUUGUUAAAACUCAGGCGAAAACUGAUCUGGAGCCAAGGAAAAGUAAAGCAAAUUAUCACGAUGGAGUAGCUUUGUUUGUGGUUAACAUUCCCACUGAUGCAACAGCGCUGGAGUUUCAUAUUAGAACUGAUGACCCAUACCUUCCAGAAGAAUAUCAGGCCAGCAAUGACUACCAAGCUGUGGCUUAUUCAUCACCCAGAUGAAGUUUCCUUUCUCUUAGCUGGACAAAUGGUUACAAGAGUUUGCUUGUAGGAGAACAACUAAGCAUAACUGUUACCCCUAAGAGUCCUUAUGUUGACAAAAUUACGCACUACAGUUUCUUGAUUUCAUCUAAGGGCAGAAUAGUACACUAUGGCAUGGAGAAGAAACUCUCAGGUUCGUCUUACCAACAUUUAAACCUUUCUGUGACUCAGCACAUGGUUCCUACAGCCCAUCUCCUGGUCUAUUACAUCAUCACAGAAGAGCAGACAGCAGAAUUAGUGUCUGAUUCAGUCUGCAUAAAUAUUGAAGAAAAGUGUGGCCACCAGCUCCAGAUCCAUCUGUCUCCGGAUAAAGAUAUAUAUUCUCCAGGAGAAGCUAUAUCCCUUAUUAUGGAGACUCAGUCAGAAUCAUGGGUAGCAUUAACAACAAUCAACAGUGUUACACAUAGCAUCCAGCAAAGAAGCAAAAAUCCCAUGGAAAGAGUACUUCAAGCUCUAGAUAAAAGUAACCAGGGCUCUGGAGCAAGUGGUGGCAGAAACAGUGCUGAAGUGUUCGACUUGGCAGGACUCACUAUCCUCACAAAUGCAAAUGACUCCCAACCAAAUGAUGGAUUAUUGAAGAAAAUGCUCAGAUCAAGAAGAAAUGGGAAAGAGGAAAUAGAAAGCCUAGCCUCCCGAUUCAAACACCGUGUGAUCAAGAAAUGCUGUUACGAUGGAACUCGACUAAGUGAGGAGAGCUGUGAGGAGAGAGCUAUGCGUAUUACCAUUGGACCAAAGUGUGCCAGAGCUUUCUCUGAGUGCUGUAACCGGUGGAACAGUAUGAACCAUCACAAGAGUCGGAUCUUAGGAUUAUCAGAACCAGCAGUGAUGUAUUCAGUAUCAGUGCCAGUUGUUAGAAGAAAUGUUUUAGAAAACUGGUUAUGGGAAGUAUAUCAUAUCUCUAAAAGGCAUCAGCUAAAAUUGGUGCUACCUGAUUUACGAACUACCUGGGAAAUUCAAGGUGUUGGCAUUACAAAUAAAGGUCUGUGUAUUGCUGAUAUGCUGCGGUUGCAAGUAUAUGAAGACCAUUUCCCAACCAUAAAUGACAAUGCUACAAGACUUAAUAUAAAGGCACAGUAUCCAACACCAAAAUUCUAGGAAUCCCUUGACUUGGUCCAUGAAGUAACACUGAAGAUGGAAAUUAAGUGCUGGAAUAGUGCAACAAAAGGUUUAUAGCCCUGCCUCUGAUGAUAUGUGGAAUUACAAUUCUAGCCGUUGAUCUCUCACCUUUAGGUUUCUUUCAAGUGAGAAGGAAAUAAAUGUUUGUCUCAUUAAAGCUA